GUUUGCAAUGACAUCACCGAAAUCCCGUUUCACGGUCGCGAUGGCCAUGGAACUGGAAACUUCAUCGCGCCUGCAGCUGCCUUGUUGCACCUGCCUGCCUUCGUGAACAACUUCCUCUGUUCAGCUAUAAAGAUCCUUCCUCUCCUCGUCUCCCUCCCAUCUUCUCUUCUCCAUUCCAUCUACAAACCAAACCUCAAGACCAAACACACCAUUCCAGCCUCAACAAUCCAUCAGCCCAACAACCAAACCAUCUACACCUUCACACCAGUCAAAAUGGCCGACAACAACUCUUCCACCCUCAAGUCCUACGUCGACUCCGCCACCGGCGCCGUCCAGAACGCCAUUGGCAACCUCACCGGCAGCACUGGCGACCAGGUCCAGGGCGAUGCCAAGAAGCAGAAGGCUGAGGCCGAGCACGAGGCUUCCCACACUACUGCCAAGCUCCCCGGUGCCACCCUCUCCGGCUCGGGUGCCGUCGCUAAGGAUAGCUCUGACCGCACCGAGGGUUCUUGGAACCAGACCGCAGGCGCCACUAAGGAGGCUAUCGGUGGACUCAUCGGCAGCGAGUCCCUGAAGAACACCGGCCGUCAACAGAACCUCGAGGGCCAGCAGCAGGAGGCCAAGGGUCAACUCAGCGACCUUGGCUCUGGCAUCGGUGACCGCGUCCAGGGCACCGUCGGCAGCGCCGUUUCCAACAUCACCGGCGACAAGCAGGACGAGGCUCACUACGACCAGCUGCACGCCGAGGGCAAGACCCGACAGCGCGGUGUCGAGCAUGACCUUCAGAAGAAGGCUGAGGCUGAGCAGAAGUAG